CAAGGAGAAACCCAGUGAAACCCACUCAUCAGAUACUUCUCCCAUCAACAAAAGCCAUGAAAGCCCGAGACUGUGUCUGUGAUCCACCUUUGGCUGAUAGCUACCAGGAACUGUCUUACAAGUCUACGCAAGCUGAGCUGCGCCAGCAUGAUCAAGACUGUGAAGUGAUUGCAGAAUGCGAGCUUCCGAUGAUUGACUUGAGGGGUCUGAGGAGCUGCAAUGAAGAGGAGAGGCAUGCGUGUGUGGAAGCCAUUGCUAAAGCGUCCACGGAGUGGGGUUUCUUCCAGGUGUUGAACCAUGGGAUCAGUCGGGAGCUCCUUGAAGAGAUGUGGAGGGAGCAAAUCAAGUUGUUUGCGUUGCCAUUCGAGAAGAAGGCACGUUCAAGGCUCCUCAAUGACUCUUACAGGUGGGGAACUCCGACAGCCACAUCUCUUCAUCAGUUCUCUUGGUCAGAAGCCUUCCAUGUUCCUCUUGUAAAGAUCUCAGAGAAGGGUAGUUGCUAUGGGGAAUUCAGUUCUCUGAGGGAUGCCAUGGAGAAGCUUGCUGCAGCAAUGUCUGAGCUCGCAACUACACUAGCUGGAGCGUUAGCAGAGAGUUUGGGCUACGACAGUCGGGGAUUCCCGGAGAGCUGCAACAAAAGCACAUGCUUUCUCCGCCUGAAUCAUUAUCCGCCAUGCCCUUUCUCCGCUGAGAUCUUUGGGUUGAUGCCUCACACUGACAGUGACUUCCUCACAAUCCUCUAUCAAGAUCAAGUUGGGGGACUGCAGCUGAUGAAGGAUUCCAAGUGGGUUGCUGUAAAACCAAAUCCGGAUGCGCUUAUUGUCAACAUUGGAGACCUUUUCCAGGCAUGGAGCAAUGAUGUCUACAAAAGCGUGGAGCACAAAGUUUUGAUCAACUCGAAGAGGGACAGGUAUUCCAUAGCUUACUUUCUGUGCCCAUCAUAUGAAUCCACCAUUGGGAGCUGCAAGAAACCCUCCAUCUACAAGGAUUUCACCUUCGGAGAGUAUAGGAAACAAGUGCAAGACGAUGUCAAGAUAACAGGACAGAAAAUAGGCCUUCCAAGGUUUCUCCUGCAGAAUAUUUCAUUAUAAUGAUUCCCCCAAAACCUACCAUUUUCUCCAUAUUUCUGUGAAUUUUUAUCAGUACAAGAGGAAGAGAAACGAGUAGCACUCAUAUGUGCAUUAUUGUUUUU